AUGAAACUAUUUGCUGACAGGAGCAAAAAUAAGAUCCUAUCCAUAGAGAACACCUUUCUAGAAAACCAACUGAAGAAAGUCGUCCCAGCUACUUUCACAGCCAGCUCCAACUCCGCAACAAAACUACAAAACGCCGCAACAACUACACUUUCAACAACUCUUCCAAUCAUCAACGAGAGCCCAACCAACACAGCUACCUUAUUAAACACAGCUAAACAAAGAGUUUCAGUUAAUUUUAGCGGAAUAGCUAGCGAUAGCGAAAGUUUAAGCUACGGACCAACUGUCAUAGCUGCCGCAGCUGUUACAGCUACUGCUGCUGGUAGCUUAUCGUCAAAUGCCCAGUUCAGGCGGAGAUCGAAAUCUCGCUCUAGUGUGGUUGAGAGAGUCUUCAAGCUGACUACGAGGCAAAUGAUGGAACUGCUGACGAGAGAAUGUGAUGAUUUGGAGAGAGAAAUGAAAAGAGAAAGUGUGGAGAGUGAGAGGAAGAUGGACGAGAUGAAGGCAACAAUUGAUGAAUCGAGAGAUAGAAUGAAGGAACUUGAAAAGGAGAAAGAAUUGUUCGAGAAGAUUCUUAAUGCUUCCAUUGAAACCACUACUGUAAAACAACAACAGCAACAACAGAUUCAAGAACAAACUGGCGAGCAACAAUAUCAGCAGCAGCAACGUCAUCUACCGCAUCAGCAACGAGACGUUGAUAAAACCAUCCAAAGACUGAUUAAAUAUCUAGAUGAAAGAUUUGAAGAAAAGACGACAAAAGCCGUCAAAAUCAGGCUGCAUAACAACGCUUUGAAAAGUAAGAAGAAAAAGCUGGACAUGAUAUUGAAGCAGAAAGAGGAGAUGGGCGAAUCGCUAUCGACGGUCGAUUUUGACGAGUUGAUAAUCGAGAACCGAAAGUGUGUCGGAUCUAUUGAGGACAAAAACAAGGAGAUGGUUGAAAUGAAGCUGAGCUACAGUAAAGUUAAUCAGAUCAAUGAAUAUGCAAAUGACUCAUCAAUUUAUUCAUCCCUACUGAGCAAUCAGAAUCUUGCGGGCAAAAAGGAGAAACUCAAUAGAAUGAUUCAAGAGAUGGAAAGAACUAACGAGGAUUUGAAAAUAAGAAAAGACUUAUUGGAAAAGCUUAAUAAAGAACUCAUUAAUAUUCAUGAGGAUAAAUCACUUCUUGAACGAGAGAAUGAGCGAAUGAAAGAAUUAAGCCAGAAAUACAAGGCACCUGCAGUAGAAGAUUACAUCAGGAUUAAGGCGGAGAGCAGUAAGAUGCUGAAAGAUGUGAAGGUUUGGGAGAGAAAAGUUGGAGUGGCAGAGGAACAGAAGAACCAUAACAACGAAAAGAGUAAUAACAUUAAUACAGUAAAAGUAGAAGAAAUAAAGUGA